UUAACAUAAAACUUUCUUUCUUCUCCGUCUGGACCGUCUCCGAUCAAAACCUUUUCUCUCAGUCGACUGUCUCCGCACGGGACAUCCCAGUUCGUUUGAGUCUUAAUCACUUCUCCGGAAACCCUCUUUUCGGCUGUCCUUUCCCAUAUAUAUAUAUAUAUAUUCGUGUACUCAACAGAUGGCGUUUAGAGGGUGUGGAUUUGGACGGGGGGUCGUGGAAAUUAUGGUACCCCGGAGCCUUUUAUUCUUUUCCCAGAAGAUGUAAGGUUACCUGAUCAAUGAUGUCAAAGAGGAAAGGGCUUUAGUCAUUGCGAACAACAAAAUGCAGAGUUAUUGGAAAUCUUCUCCUUAUUAUCUAGAGAUGCCAACAAAGAGAAAAAGCGAAGAGAAUGAUAUCGAAAGAUAUUCUGAUAGAAACAAAGCAAAUAAUCGAGCUAAACGUCUUUCUUUUGGACAUUUCCUAAAGCUUGAAGAUAGAUAUUUCCCUGCAGAGCUAUUUCAAGGUAAGAGAAAGGUGGAAUACAACCAAAGCAAAGGAUUUUCGCGUCAGAACAAAGACCAAAUGAAGCUUGACAAGUUUGAAUUGUAUGAGAAUCUUGAACGGAAGGCCGAGGAUCAAGACAGUAAAGGUGGGAAUGAAAAGAAAAAACAGAAUGAGAAUGAGAACGAGAGUGACAAUGAAGAACCGGAGGGUGCGGAGGAAAGUGGCGAAGAGAGUGGGGAUGACUAUGAUAAGUUCCGUACUAUAAACAUUAACUGUGUGUGUCACAGUGUCUCUGCUAUUUUUGAGUCCAAAAUUAAUAUGAUUUUGUCAAUAAAUAUAUCAAUAUUUAUAAUAAAAAUCAUGUGAUGUUGCUAUAUAAGUCAAACAAAUGUCUGAGGAAACUUGCCCACUGCCUUGGAUCAUAUUAGUCUCAAACUCUUAUAACAGGUCGUUGGAUUUUAUAACGACCUGUUUCUUUAAUGUCAAGUACUUAAUGCUGUGCCUCAGGACAAUAAUUCUGAGCUAAUGUUUUUCUAGAUAUGUUGUCUAUAAUUUUAUUUCUUAAGGAGCAACAAAAUCUAAUUAAGAUAUCGUGACUUAUGCAUGGUUUUGCAGUUUGAAAAUCCUGACGACGACGAAGAUGAGAUGAAUUUAAUGACCAAGAAGAUGGUAAUCCUGAUGACGACAAUGUCUAUGGCAACGAUGAUUAUUGAUGUUGCUCUGGUUGCAUUAGAAUCCAGUCUUUGCCAAAACUUGAGGGAGUUCUGUCAUGGGAAAUUCAGAUUUUGGCAGAGUUAAAUUGUUGUGCUUUGGCACCUCUGUCUUCUGGGUGGUCCUGGUAACUGAUUUCUAUGAAAAAAGAAAAUAACAAAAAAGUCCUGUAACUAAUUCAAUUCAGUGAAAUGGUCUCUCCACACCAACAAAAUAAUUGUACCGUCCUAACAAACCCCACCAUCCUAACAAACAGAAUUCCUCUGUGCCUUCAAUGCUCUCUCUCAAAUAUAUUUAAUCAUCUUAUAUUUUUGUUGCUUCUUUCUCAACCUCUGACCUUUCCACUCAUUAGCUUGUGAGCAAGGCGAUGAAGUUUGCCACCGGUUGUGGCAGAAGAUGGGAUCUUGGAGUUCCAAGUCCAAAAACUUGGAUGCUGAGAGAAGAAGAAGAGGAAAACUUAAACAAAGAAUCAACGAUUUACGUGCUGCAGUUCUCACUAAUGAGGUAAACUAGCAAGCUCCUAAGUCUGGUUCCGACGGA